UGCAACGUAUAAACACCGUAAAACCAAACUAUAAAAACCGCAAUUAAUUAAAAUUGUGCGAAGAAUUUGCACGAAUAUAAAAAAUCACGUCGAAUUGAUCUAAUAAUAGCACAGUGAAGAUGAACUCAAAAAUAUUUGAAGUAAUAAAUAAAUUUGUAAAAUGCAACAACAACAUGAAAAGGAAGUGCAUUUUACCAUAGACAGCGAUUUUUUCUAAACAAGCGUCAAUUGUUGCUGAAAGUCACAUGCGGUUAUUGUCAAGAGAUAAGAACCAACCAACGCAUCGUCCACAGAAAGUGAAAAUUCAUUUCGUUAAUUUCAUUUUCAUUCGAAUUUCGCGAGUGUUAUAGAGGGUAACAGCGCCACGAACAAUUACAUUAGAUAAAGGCUAAUUAGUAAUUACCAUAGCACACCUUCUAAAUAGUGAGAAAAUAGGAAAAGAGGAAAAGCAUAAUAGAGUUGUAUAAAACAAAAAAAACAACACACACACAACCACACACACGAAAACAAUGUGGACUAUAAUCGUACAAUUCGUAGGUCAAAUGACAGCCACGCCCAACAAGCAGCUGCAAUAAACAGCGCUGCCGGCGCUUGUGGCAACAGAAAUACUACAACUCGAAUUGCAGUAAACGCAACAACAAUAAACCUGUUAAUAAGAACAAACUAAUUGCUAUCGGCUAAAGUGCACGUACAAAGCCAGCACGUACAAAGCCAUUAAGUUAGCCAAAGCUAUAAGAAGAACAACGAUUGUGGCCACACGAAUUCGCCACCCAACCACCGGAUGCCUCAAGUCAAAUACCAUUUACCGCCAACAACAACAACAACAGCAGCAACAGUAAUAGCCACAAAAUACUGCAACGCCGCGUGCAGUCAAUAAAAUGUCCAUAUCGGAUGUGCGUGCAGUUGUUGUUGAAAGCUUGGAUGAUUCUUCGACUGCACUCGAUUUUACAGAUAUUAUAGCCAAUUUCUCAACUGAAACGCUAGCUAUGGUAAGCGAUAUUUUGGCGCCGCCGCCGAGCGCUGCGAAUGAUAUUUACAUAAAUCGUACGGUGAAGGAGCAUUGUAUGCGACUCUUGGAGACGUAUAAUCUGCAGAAAAAACAGGAAGAAGAAGCGCAACGCCACCUGCUCACUGGCGACACCAACUACUAUGCGUUGCGACAUCCGACCGAUCGCAUCGUUGCCAAUUUAACCUGCCCGCCAUUCUUUGACACAGUACUCUGUUGGCCAGCUACAGCGGCGGGUACAACAGCCAAACAGCCAUGUUUUGCAGAAUUCAAAGGCGUACUUUACAAUACAACAGAGAAUGUAACGCGUCACUGCUCGGCGAAUGGUGUUUGGGACAAUUACAGCGACUACAUGAAAUGCCAACCAUCGACAUUUUUUGCAGAUAUUUCGCCCACAGUUGAAUUAUCCUCCUACAUAUAUUUCGUUGGAUAUUUUCUAAGUUUAGCAUCGCUCAUUUUGGCGCUUAUCGUUUUCUAUUUCUUUAAAGACUUGAAAUGCCUGCGCAACACCAUACACGCGAAUUUAUUCCUUACAUACAUACUCGCCGGGCUAUUAUGGAUAUUGACGAUGUGCCUGCAUGUGAUGACCGAGCAUCCCAGUGAAGCCGGGUGCAUUAUUUUGGUUAUGAUGUUCCAUUAUUUCAAUCUAACAAACUUCUUCUGGAUGUUUGUCGAAGGUCUUUAUCUCUAUACGCUGGUGGUACAAACAUUUUCCAGAGAUAAUAUAAGAUUUGGCAUAUAUACAGCCAUCGGCUGGGGCUGCCCUGCUGUUAUUACAUUUAUUUGGUCAAUCGCAAAAAUCUUCGCCACUUCUUUGGAAACAGAGCACUUCAAUGGUUUAUUUAUCCAAUGCUCGUGGCUUCGAGAAUCUCACAUAGAUUGGAUAUUUCAAGGACCAACCUGUCUAGUAUUAAUACUCAAUUUAAUAUUUCUCAUACGCAUCAUGUGGGUGCUCAUCACAAAGUUGCGCUCGGCCAAUACUCUGGAGACGCGUCAAUAUCGCAAGGCAUCAAAAGCUCUGCUUGUACUCAUACCAUUAUUCGGCAUCACGUAUCUCAUUGUUCUUUUUAGUCCUGGCGGUGAUGGAAUCACACAAAAUAUAUUUGAAAAUCUGCGUGUCAUCCUAAUUAGUACGCAGGGAUUUUUCGUGUCCUUAUUAUUUUGCUUCCUAAAUUCGGAGGUGCGACAAGCUUUACGACAUCGCUUCUUGAGAUGGCGCGACAAUCGUAAUUUAGGAAAUGGCAAUCGCAGUCGCAGAUAUCGUGUCUCCAAGGACGACUCGCAUCGUUCAAGAACUGAAAGCUUACGCACCGAGGAAUUUCUGGUUUGUAUGCGCCCCUAGCACAAUUACUGCUCCAAUUCGAUGAAGCGAAAUCACUCGCAUACGCGUACCGAUUACGUUUGAAGAUCAGCUGAAACCAUUAACGAAGACUUGGAAGACUUAACAUGUGGCGUACUGCGACUGUAAACUCAUCGAUAUUUGCUGAAAUUACAUACCCACUAGGAAAAUAGGGAAGCAACUUAAUAGGUAAUCCCUGUUUUUUCAGCUUUUGGUAAGUUGUAAAAUAACGUGCCGCCGAAGUUGUUUCCGAGUGCCGAACUACUCCGAGCGGCUGCUCUACAUUCUAUAUACCUUACUUGGUAAAGCGCUCAUAAGUAUGUCUGAUGACAAAUGUACAUUCUAAAUUUCUAAUUUCAUAAGACGGUCACGUCUUUGUUAAAGUAAAGUAGAUUCGGCAUUCGGAAGUGUUAAGGAGCGCCGGCUGAAGUGUAAGUUGCUGGAUGACAUUGCCCAUGAUGACAAUUUUAGUACUAAAAGCUGAAAUAAAACAUAGAUUACCUUGUAGGAUGCUUACCCAAUUUCCCAGGGGGUAAAUACGCGUUAAUAACUGUAUAUGUCUAUAUAUUU